UUCAAAAGCUCAUUUCCUGGGUUACAAUUUGGAUAAUAAAGCGAGAGGUAAAACACGCGUUGACAUGCAAAGUAUGAACAACAGCUCAAUGUACGCCUUUGAAGAUGUGCCAGGCAAAGGCCUAGGCCUCGUCGCAAUCGAAAAUAUCCCUAAAGGCACGCGAAUUCUUUCGGAGGAGCCAGUUGUCACGAUACCCGAACGCCAAAAGAACGAUGAGUGGCUAAAGUCACACUUAUCUCAGCAAGUCGAUUCCCUCAGUGAAGCCCAACGACAAUCGUUCCUCUCCUUGCAUAAUCUUUAUCCAUACCAAAAUAUCGUCGAACAAUCUCUUGGUAUCAUUCGAACGAACGGCCUCCCCAUUGAGACCAACGGAAUUGGAGGGGGGAUCUUUCUUGAAGCCUGCUGCAUCAACCACUCCUGCGAUAACAACGCACAGAAAAACUGGAACCAGCGCAUUAAACGACAUACAGUCCAUGCUUUGAGAGAUAUUCCCAAGGGCGAGGAGAUCACAGUAUGUUAUCUGGGUCGCGACAGUAGCCGCGAAGUCCGCCAAAAGAAACUCCAGGACAAGUUUGGAUUCCUAUGCUCUUGCCGUCUGUGCUCCUUACCAGCAGAGUUGAGCCAGGAAACUGAUGAAAGGUUCGAAAGAAUUGACUAUCUGGACGACCUUAUUGGUAGCUAUGGCAUGCGGAUGCAAUUUCUCCUACGAACCCUUCGCUAUGUUGACGAACGGGUCCGUCUCUACAACGAGCAAGGACCAGGCAACUCUGGUCUGCCGCGCGCGUUCCUCGAUGCCGCUCAAAUCACUAUCGCCAAUGGCGACUUGGCGAGAGGACGCAUCUUUGCAGAGAGAGCAGUGGGAGCAUGGCGGACGGCCUAUGGCGGCGACAGUAAGGAGGUAAUUGAGUACGAAUCAUUAGCACGCAACCCCUCAAAACUCCCGCUUUAUGGACUUUCUAUGAAGUGGAAGACGUCAUUGGAUGAGGUCCCACAGCAACUUGACGCAAACGACUUCGAAGACUGGCUUUGGAGAAGAGACAAGCCAAAGAAGCUAGACCAACCAGGACUGUUGACAGACCUUCGUAACCGCGAAGUCUUUCCUGGCUUCACUUCUCUCCCAAACAGUAACCCUGUUGAUUUGGACUUUUAUGAGGUGGUUAAUAGUACCUACCAACCUCUGCGCCAUUGGUGCUUCCUGGGAGAAAUUACGGGCCACACCAUACUUCAUCAUCUAGAGUUGGAGCUCACGGAUGUCGACGAUAAGAAAAUCCCACUUCACUUCUACACUGAUGGCCGAGGAAGUGAAUUGACACCCGCGCAAAUUAGAAAGGGGUACACAGUCGCGGUCCUGUACGCACAACGUCGCGUAUUUACGUAUGGCGAUCCUGGUAUUCGUCAUGACAAUCCGCAAAAGCUCAAGAUCUUCCCAGUGUCACUAAAGAAGCUGUUCGGGUUGAACGAGCAGGUUCAACGGUUCUCGCCGGGAAUUGAUGGAAUCAAAACGUGCCAUGGGUGUGGGAAGAAAGCAGCCUCCUUGAACGGAUGCGGGAAAUGCUCGGUAUUCUGGUACUGUGAUAGUAGCUGUCAGAAAUCUGGUUGGGACAAGGGAGGUCAUAAGGCUGAUUGUAGAUUGCUGAAAGAUGCCGAUUUGCGAGGGCUAUUUGUCCUUAAAUGGGACCAGUUCGUUACUCCUAUGGUGUUUCCUCUCGGAAGCUCAUACGCUUGAACAUCAUUGUGUGCUGGCGCCAGCUGUCGCUAAAAUUGUAUCUUCGUUCUUCCCAGGUCGUAGUAGGCGACCGGCGAGCUGCGCAAUAUGAUUCUUCAAAACACAUGUUUGACC